GUAAGAACACACAAAAACAAAUGAAAAAGAGAAAUCAAACAAGGAAUUUGUAAUAUCCACUCCCUCCCUAUCCUUGUUCUUCUUGUUCUCCUCUCCCCUUGUCUUUUUACAUUCUCGAGAUUAAACCUUCUUCUAAUUCCAAUGGCUUCUGCUAUCUCUGAUCCUUCUCUCUUCAAAGACUCCACCAAGAAAAAGAAGGGAAAUGGGUCAGCGAAAUUGAAGCAAAUCAAGCUUGAUGUUCGGCUAGAGCAAUGGCUAUCUCGAGUAAAGAAAGGAUCUAAUGUCGACUCAAAUAGAAGCAUUGAUUAUUGUCCAUCAUCUAAGCAUGUUCCUACUGAGGAGAACAGAUCAUCAAACAAGGAAAACAAGAAAAGGGGAGAGAAUACAGAAAGUUCUUGCAUCCCACUCAACGAUUCAACAUCCAUUCGAAGUCCUCUCGAUCACGAGUCAAGGAAUGGUUUCUCUUCAUGGAGUAGCACCAGCAUUAGUAGCAUGAGUACAUGUUUCUCAGGCAGCGAGGAAGAAGCCGACAACGACGGAUGCCUUGAUGACUGGGAGGCCGUUGCCGAUGCUUUAAAUGCCAACGAUAAUCUACGUUCCACAACUUCAGAUUUGGCUUCUACCAUUCUAGAGGCUACAAAGAACCCAAAACCGGAGUUUAAAAAAUCACAUCAGAAACGUCAAGCAUGGAAACCUAAUGAUGCUUUUCGUCCCAUGUGUUUACCGAACCUCUCAAAGCAACAUAGUUCACCAUUAAAUUCAAACAGGCAUAGUGGUAACCCGAAACCGGCAAGUUGGAGAUGGCAAACAAUCAUUUCACAACCUUCUCAAUGCCCCAUUUGUUAUGAGGACUUAGAUGUUACGGACACAAGCUUUCUUCCUUGUUCAUGCGCAUUUCGACCGUGUCUUUUCUGUCACAAAAGGAUCCUUGAGGCUGAUGGGCGAUGUCCGGGGUGUAGAAAACUAUAUGAAUGUGUAGAUGUCAAUGUUAUGUUCAGAAUUGGAGCCAAUGCUUUUCAUGUUACUCAAUCAUGCACUAUGAGUACAAGAUGCUAGACAUCAUAGACCAAUCACAUAUUGUGCCAAAUUUGCUCUAUCAUAUCAGUUUUUUUGAGGUAUGCUAAUGUUGGAAACUCAAUAGCUAUCUUCUUCUCUAGCAUUCUUAGUUCACUAGAAUUAUUUUAUGACUUUAGGAAAUAGUUAGUGUAUACCACUGAGACCUGGAUACAAAAUAUCACUGUUUCAUAACUUCAGGUCAAAUUUGUCGGAUUAGUCUGUUCACUCCA